AUGAAAGUGUUAAUAAACACUGACUACGAGGACCGAUUGGAGUAGGGAUGAAUUUGAAGGCAUUAGGCAUGGAAUUUUUCCGGAAUCCGAGUCACGUACAUACAUUAACAAACAGUGGGUAGCCUAGGAAGGAAAAACUGAAGGGAAGAGAAUCAGAGAUGGAGAAACAACGAGAGAGAAUUGAGGGAGAGAAGAUAUGCCGGAGAUGCAAGCAGAGCUUCACAUCCUCAUCCAAUAACUCCGCCGCCUGCCGCUUCCACCCUUCCUUCUUCGUCUGCCGCCGCCACGACGACCAGAAAAGGUACUACGAGCUAGGGCCAAAUGAUCCGCCAUAUGCAGCUAAAUUCUACGACUGCUGCGGAGCAGAGCAACCUGACGCGCCUGGCUGUUCCACUGCUUUCCAUCUCUCUUACGAUGAUGAUUGAACAUUAAUGAUGCCACUCACAGUCUAAGUCUAGUAUUCCAUCAUGAUCCCGGCAACUUUUCAGACCCUGCUGCAAUUAGUAUUAUGAGUAAUGUAAGGAUUGAGUGAUGUUUACUCGUUUCGUGGAAUCUAUAACCCACUCAAGUUUGUUUGCUGCUAUUUGUGUAUUUACUUAGUUCCUUGGUAAAAGCUAGUUAUAGUUCAGGGCACAACAAGAAGCCCCGCUACAAAACUUGCGAGACCUAAGACGAUAUAUAAACAUUAAACAGGGGAAGAGAUUGGGGAGUAGGGUUAGCGAGAUCAAGAUCGAGGGCUUCCUAUCCGUCUCCGUAUUGUGG